UCGCAUCUGUGGCGACGACGUCAUCAGGCGGUUGGAAUAUAGAAAUGAUCAUUGGCCUGUGUACUCUUUUUGCCGCAACCUUCUUUGUCGGCUUCUGCUUGAGAAAGAAAAAACGCAGACAUUCAUCGGAAGAAGCUACAGCCGAGGCAGAUGGCAGACUAUAG